ACAAAUCCCCCCAAAGCUGGCGGCGGAGCCUACUACUUUGCUAAAAAGUCCAUCAACGCCGAUCGCCAAUCCCGGUUCGAGAGCGAAAUGAAACGCAAAGCGCAGCUGGCUGCCAUGGAAGCGGAACACCGACGCCAGACGACCGCCUCGCUCACCAACCCCGCCGUGCCCGUCCCCGUCGUCGCCGCCGCCUCGGAAGACCCGAGUUGGAAGCGCGCUGCCCAGCUGGCCCGGUCGCAGAACGCCGCCGACGAUGUCGCCUCGCCCAGCGCCGAGGCCAGUCACGACCCGGCCGCGACCCGCCACGAGCCCGAGACCGAGGCCGACCGCGUGCUGGAGAAGGGGAAGUACGAGGCCGCGCAGCCGUUCCGGCCGCCUAAGGGGAACCGGCUGUGA